ACAUUAUUCGAGAUGUAUACGUUUACUACAUUGUGUCAAGUGUAUUAAUAUAAAAAUUCUUUAAAAAAAUAUUGAAUGCAAUAUUUUUUCUGUGACUUAAUACAGUAAAUAUCUUUUGUUAUGUUAAUAUGGACACACAUCAAUUGAUAGGUUCAACUACAAAAGAAGUUGAAAGCAAUGGCAUUAAAAAAGAAGUACAAUUGGAAAAACAUAAACAUGGGCUUACCAGUAUUAGGGCUAUUGUAUUCUUGUUACUGUGGUAUUUUUUUAGUGGUUGUUCGUUAUUCUUAAAUAAAUAUAUUUUAACUUAUGAAAAUGGAAAUCCAGCAAUUCUAGCUGCCUGUCAAAUGUUAAUGACUGCCACAUGUGGGUUUAUACAGUUAUAUUUUCCUUGUGGGAUGUAUAAACCAACACAGCGUUUGAGUAAACCUCCUGGAUUUUAUAAACAUAUGGUUUUAGUUGGAAGUUUUAGGUUUUUUACUGUUGUAUUAGGAUUAGUGUCAUUGAAUUAUGUAGCAGUAAGUUUUACAGAAACUAUAAAAAGUUCAGCACCAUUAUUUACAGUGCUGAUUUCAAGAUGUUUGUUAGGGGAGCAAACUGGACUGUAUGUCAACUUAAGUCUCCUUCCUGUGAUGUCAGGACUAGCUUUAUGUUCUGUAAAUGAAGUCAGUUUUGAAUUGACGGGAUUUAUGGCCGCCAUGGCCACCAAUGUCACCGAAUGUGUACAGAAUGUUUAUUCAAAAAUGCUUAUAUCUGGAGAUAAAUUUAAAUAUACUCCAGCGGAGCUCCAGUUUUAUACUAGCAUCGCUAGUAUAAUUGUACAGAUACCAACCACUUUAAUUAUGGUUGAUUUUAGCGAUGAGAAGAUUGGUACUAAACUAGUGAUAUCGUUCAUAUUGAAUGGGAUAUUUUUCCAUUUCCAAAGUAUAUCAGCGUAUGUACUGAUGGAUUACAUCGGGCCCGUCACUCAUAGCGUUGCCAACACGGCGAAGAGAGCGUUCCUGAUCUGGUUGUCGGUAGUGAUGUUCGGCAACCCUGUGACUUUGCUCAGCGGUUUGGGCACAAUAACUGUGAUAAUAGGCGUUUUGAUGUACAUAAAGGCACAGGAGUACGACAAUCAAGACCGAUUAGCUUCAAACGCAGUCCACAGAAAAGUUCGAGCCAUUUAGCAAAUAUAAAGUGUGAUUCGAGAAUGUGUGUUAGUGGAAAGUAUUAAUUUAUUUUUUUAAUCAGAUUUCUGGGAGUUAAAGUGCAGUAUUUACCUUUUACAUUCCAUAAUUAAUAAAAAACAUAAUGUUCU